AUGGACCAUACCAGAAUUAAGAUCAAAAGAAGCAAUAAUGACACUGAAGCUGAUAUAAUUAGUGAUUUGCCGAGGGAUGUGAUACAUGAAAUUUGGGAACGCUUGCCUCUCCGUGAUGCUGCUAGAAUGUGUAUUCUUUCACAUAAGUGGCAAGACAUUUGGACUUCAACCCCCCAUCUUACUUUCGAUGUUCACUUUUUUACUAGUGUGCUCAAAGAGGAAGUACACGAGGCUCUUAAGUUUUGCAGUAUUGUAAGCAAAAUUCUCUUUCAACAUGAAGGUCCCAUUCACAAGUUUUCAUUGUUUGUUCCUUCUUUAAAUGCCUGUCCAGAUGUUGAUCAGUGGAUUUCCCAUCUUUCAAGAAAUGGUCUUAGAGAUUUUAGCCUUUGGAAUGCAUGCAUGGCGCCUCUUAAGUUGAGCUCGCGUCUUUUCUCCUGUGGUGACCUGGAAAAAUUGAAGCUUCACUUCUGCAUAUUCAGGUCUCCUCUUAAUUUCGAAGGCUUCCCAAAGCUGACAAGCCUUGAGCUUGACAGAGUUGUUUUAAGAUACAAGACUUUCAAAGAUCUAAUUGGCAGUUGCCCAGUACUACAAAAAUUAGUUUUAACAAACUUUACUGGUUUGGAGCACAUGAACAUUGUUAUAGAUAUUCCCAAACUCAGAUACCUGACUAUUGAUUGGGUAUUCGGGUCACUUGAUGUGAAAUUUUGUGAGAAUCUUGUGUCAGCUUCGUUUGGUAUUCAGAAACUGGUCGGUGUUCACAAGGGGUUCUUAGGUGAUCUGGCUAAAGUUCUUGCAAAUUCAAGUAAACUCGAAAGGCUAUGUUUUAGAGGUCACUUUUGUAGGGUUUUGAUUAAUGCAGGCAGCAUUCGUAAUACCUUUGAUAAACUGAAAUAUCUGGAAUUGUUAUCACUUCAUUUCGAUUCUCUGGAUGACUUCUCUUCUGUGAUUAGCUGCAUUCAGAGCUUUCCUAACAUUGAAACACUUAAAAUCACUGUAAUUUCAAGCACAAAUCUUGCUGGAGGUUUAGUGGACUCCAAAUUUGAUUUCACAUUACACCACCUCAGGUGUGCCAAAGUUGGAAUUUUGAAUGCUUUUACUACAGAGCUGAAGUUGAUCGAGUUUUUACUUGCUUGCUCUCCUGUGCUUGAGCGAUUAUCUGUACAUACACCCCUCCUCAAGAAGACUUCUCGGUCAAGGAUGUUAAUGCAAUUAAAUCGGUUUCGUAGAGCAUCACGAAUGGUGGAAGUCAUUUGUCCAGAGAACACAUUGCCAAAGAGAUCUGUUCAUGUUGCCAUCUCACCUUCUACUUCAGAUUCGUCUUCUGAUUCUGCUUAAGAGACUAGUGACUGGUAUUACUUAAUUUACUUUCUUGUUUCGUAAGUAGCCAACACAGGAGUGAAUGAAUGAUCCUUUGGUUGUUAUACAUAAGCCUUACAAGUAUAGUUUAUGGUUUGUGUCUCGUUGUUUCAUUUCUUUUGCUUCUGGUUUCGCAGAAGAAUUUGCUUCAAUACAUUACUCCCCUGAUGUUAUAUUAUCUGUAAAUUAGGGUUUUGGAGGAAUUGUCAUUUAAGGGGAGCUUUUUGUAAUUAAUUGUUACACCAAGGAAAUUGGCUAAAUUUAGCUAGUAUAGUACGAAUGAUUUUACUUUAAAAUUUCAUAACAGGUUUUUGUGGUGUUUUAAACAAGUCAGGGAUUGUUGAAACGCA